AGUCAUGGAGGACGCUAACAUGAAGUGGGUACCAGUUUUAGAAAAGUCGUUUCAAAUGUCCACAAGAAAUCUGAAGUGUUUAGACUGGAACGAAGACAACUAUUUGUUUAUGGGCUUCCAAGGAACCUUAUGUGCUUUGAAUAUGUCCAAUUUCAAUAUAUCAGAAGAAGAAAUGACCUUUCCUGUAAAGGAGCAGCCAGAAGAAAGCGACAGCAUUGCAUUUCAACGAGUUUUAACUCGACUGGAAAGUGAUGGCGAUGAGUUGAGUGACCUUAUGACAGAACGAAAUAUCCCAGGCUUUGGAGAGCUGAUUUCUAUCGGUGUUCAAAGGAAAGAAGAAGAGUUUCUCAUUGUAAGAGGAAUUCCGUUGCGUUCACUGGGCCUUUUUAAUUGGUUAGGGAAGUGUAUUGGUGCUGUUGUAUCGGGAACCAGUCAUAAUGCAGUUUAUUUAUUUUUAAGAGAGGAAAAUGGAGGUUCUCUUAUUCUAGAUACUUCAAGUGAUAGUCCUUGGAGGAACGAAUACCAGUUUGAUAUUCGAGUUGGCGUUUUGACUGAUACGAGUUUCUGUCUUCAAUUAUGUGGAAUGGGUUAUAAGCACCAUGAAGAGAGUUUGUUGUUUUGUUUUGGUGGAACUGAGGGAGCAGAGCUUUGGCACAUUUGUAUGAAUACGAACUCUUCACCAACGUUGGAAGCUCGUUGUCUACAAAAGUUGACGAAUGAAUGCGUUGGAUCCUGUAAAUUUAUCUCCAACUCGUCUUUGACAAUAAUAAGUUUAGGAAAACAGAAUGGACAAAUUCAGAUGUAUCAAUUAGGCGAUGAUCAAAGUAAUUCUUUAUUAGAAGUUGCUAAAUAUUCUAGCGAUAUUGAUAGCAUGAUUAUAGAACAGUGUUGGUUUCAUUUGAAUGAUCAUACUUGGAUUGUAUUGUUUUGUGGAGGUAACAGUUUGUGUUCCGUUGAAUGCAAGCUUUUACAUGACAAUCAACUUCAGUUGGAACCAAUUGCUUCUAUCUUGGAUGCCCAUAAAGCUUUCAUCACUGCCAUAUGUUGUAAUCGUUGGGGACACUUUGCUACUGCAUCUCUUGAUGGAAGUGUCAAGUUAUGGACAGAAAAUUUACAACUCAUUACUGUCAUAAGAGAUGAGGAUCAUCAUUAUUCUCUUCAUGGUUUGGCAUUUUCUCCCAAUGGACUUUGUUUGGCGUUAUUGGGAAACAUUCGACUUGAAACAGAUGACAGACUAACUGGAGCCAAACCACAUUCAUCUGUGCUGCUGUAUUGUCCUUUUGAAGGUGAACCUUAUGAACGAAUGUAUGAAGGGACCUGGAAAUAUUUUUUGGAUGGUAAUCAAAGUUUACGACCUUUUGUGACUUGGGACGUGGAAUUGUCUAUUUUUCGAGUUUGGCAAGCUAAGAAAGACCAAGGACAAAUUGAACAAUUUACUAAGCACGUCGAUAUUGAUCAUUACUCAAACGAAACAAUUGUAUAUCGAAGGAUUCUUCAUUGUCUGAAAUAUUUAGCUUCCAAAUAUUUUACUCAAACUUGGAGCGAAUCUUUUUGGAAUGAGCAAUCAUCAUUGAUAAGGGAACAUUUAUGUAGUUCUUUGAAACAGUUUCACAACCUCAAAAGCAUAGCAGCUAUCAGUAACAUGGGAAAAAGUAAUCGACGCAAAGUGAAGGAGAAAUCGUUCCAUUCAGUGUCCAGCAUCGAACAAAGAAUUGUUGAAGCAAUGUUCGGAUAUCUUCAAAAGUGGCAACCAGAUUAUUUCUCUCAACAAAGGGACCAACUUGGUUUUCUAGAUUAUAUUAAUCCAGAAAGUUUAGAGUUUUGUCCAAUAUGCAAGCAAAGAAAUCUCUUGCCUUGUUCAAAGAAUAUUCCUUUGGUAUCUUCAUGUGCUUCAGGUCAUAUAUUCCGGCGAUGUAUGUUAUCGCUAUUACCUAUUGUCAAAAGUAACAAUAGUUUAACUUGUCCUAGUUGCAGAUCAGUUGCUAUAUUCUUUUCUUCGGAAAUGAAAUGGCUCUCUGAAAGUUAUAAUUGUAUUUUAUGUGAACAGCCUUUGUCUUUUAUAGAAAUGAGUGCGGAACAGGAAACGCAUCUCUUCCGAUCGUUGAGAAAGAAUCUUUUGGAUCAAGUUGAAUGAAGCGACUUAUUUUGUGUAUUUUUAUUUUUGUAGCCUUUACACUUGUUGAUGGAGGAAAAAGCCCCAAAAUAACAGAUAAAGUAGGCUCGUUCAAG